AUUUCAUAAAACAAAUGUAUAGUAACUCGCAGAAAAUAUCUUCGGGACAGUUGUAUUUAUUUCAGCUUUGCAUUUUAACGUAAAUUGAAUCGUGUGCCGCAUCGUAGGCCCAUUGGAAAGGAUUCAUCUUCGACUCCUGCGGAAGGGUUAGCAGUCUCGAUUCUGCAAUAGAAAAGAUUUGCAUUGAGAGAAGACGUAAGGUCACAGUGGAGGUUUAGAGUAAGCUGAGCUUGGUGUAACUGAGGGAGGAGCAAAGACAUACGCUCGUCGAAUUAACAUGUCAGUGCUGAAUCAGAGUGGAGAGGAGCAGGUGGAAUGUCCCCUGUGUAUGGAACCCCUGGAGGUGGACGAUCUCCACUUCUACCCGUGCACAUGUGGAUACCAAAUAUGCCGAUUUUGCUGGAACCGCAUCCGGGAGGGCGAGAACGGGCUGUGUCCCGCCUGUCGGAAAGCAUACCCGGAAAACCCGGCAGACUUCACUCCGCUCAGUCAAGAGCAGGUGGCAGCAAUAAAGACGGAGAAGAAGGCGCGAGAGCAGAAGCGACGGAACAAGACGCUGGAGUCACGGCGCGCGCUUGCCAACGUGCGUGUCGUGCAGAACAACCUCGUGUUCGUCGUAGGCCUGCCCGUGCGCCUUGCCGACCCCGAGAUCCUCAAACGGCAGGAGUACUUUGGCAAAUAUGGCAAAAUUCACAAAGUAGUUAUAAACCAAAGUACCACGUACGCGGGGUCACAGGGUCCGUCAGCGUCGGCGUACGUGACGUACGUGUUAUCGGCGGACGCGCUGCGUGCGAUUCAGGGCGUGAACAACGUGACGCUCGACGGACGCGUACUCAAAGGCUCGCUAGGCACCACCAAGUACUGCGCCAAUUUCAUGAAGAACCAGCCCUGCCCCAAGCCCGAUUGCAUGUAUUUGCACGAACUAGGUGAUCCUAAAGCGUCGUUCACGAAGGAGGAGAUGCACGCGGGCCUGCACCAGGUGUAUGAGCGAAAGCUACACAACCAGCUGCUCGCCUCGCAGCGCGACUCCUCCAAUAAUAGUUCAGGUAAUUCUAGUACGAAUGCAGAAAAGGGCAGUUCAAAAGACGGCAAUCCAUCGAACUUUAUACCGACGACAGUGAUCACAUCGUCUCAUAUAAACGUAGUCAAUUCAUCUAAAUCUAAUAAUAAUAAAAAAGAAAGUGUGAACGGGACUGGUCCUAGUAACGGUAAAGAUAGUAGCGGAAGCGGUAGUGGUAGCGGGAGCGCAAGCAGUAGCGUGGGUGGGAGCAGUAGCGGUAAGGAGGCGUGGCCCAGCCUCGGCAGCUCUCCACCUUCCGAUAGUCCCGCACGUAAACUGCCCAGUCCCAAGCCGCACCACACACAAGCUAAAUCACAAGAAAAUGGUACAUCAGAAUCGUCCAGUCCUACACUACUCUCACAACAGUCAGCGCAAACGAAAAGCAAAGAAACGGACAGCAAAUCCAGCAGAAAAGACAGCACAAACUCCCAAACAAAUAGCAACAGUAAUAAGAAAAACAAAUCCGAUAAACAGAAAAAGAAUAAUAGUAUUAACAAUGAAGACACAGAAAUAGUAGAUAAACCUAUAUACAAUAAUACACAAUCACAUUCUGUUUUCGAAAACGACACACAACAGUACCUAUCUAACGAAUUGGAUGAGCUAGAAUCUGAUAGACAUAGCUUGUUAGAGAAUCACGAUUUGCUGGAUAACAGCGAUCACAGUUUGCUGGAUGACGAUAAUACACACAAUCUGUUGAACGAUACUAAUAAUGAUAUAAUGAUGCAAAGGCACACAAUGUUAGCAGGCCUCGUCGACAACAACCAUUUAUUGCCGCAAGUGAAGAGUCCCCUUGUAAAUGGAUACGGCUUGUUGGACAGGGAUAUUGGCUACGAUAGGCAGCUUAGUCAAAUGGGCAGUGGCCUCGUGGACCAGAAAGAACUACUACUUAGAGAACGAAGCCGGAGCGAAAUGUUAAUGCGACAGAAUGAAAUGCUUGCGAGGCAGCACAAUGUUAUGGUCGAGCCUAAACACUAUAUGCCCCCGUCUAGUAUAGGCCUCGACUCGACUAGUGAAUUAUUAGGUGCUAAUUUUCAUCCAAAUCCCAAUAUGCUUCCAUUCGGUAUGCGCGUAGAUAAUUCAAUGGCGUCUAACUCAAUGAGUAAUUCGAUGGGUGGAAACUCGAUGUCGGCCAGCUCACUGAGCUCCAUGGGCUUCAUGCUCCACAGCCAACAGAUGUUGCAACAGAACCAGCAACAGAUGCAGUCGCAGAUGGUUAAUGGGUUCGAUUCUCCUCAAUCUGCUAGCGAAGGGCGCUACCUCGCGGAAAAUAUGGACAAGUUCUUCACCGACUUCCACAAGGCGCAGCAGAUGCGGCUGCUGAUGGGCGGGCGCGGAACCACACAGGGGCAGGGCGUGACGCAGUCGCAGACGGGGCACGCGACGGCGGACGAACGCCGUUACCACUUGCCGCACAACAUGCUGCAGGCCGCUAGUCUCGAGAUGGAGCACAAGCAGAGAAUGAACAAUAUGCGAGGCAACGAAGGGCUGGGACACCGCGCGGCUGGCGACGGUGACGAUGACCUCGAUUUUGAUCCCUUCAAAGAAACACAAAAGGCGCUCGCGGAAAUGAUGGAGACGGAACUCAUGCAAAAUACUGUUUCUAGCGGAGAUAACAUGGAGCGUGUGCGGCGCAGCGGCUGCGGCUCUGUCGCGAGUGCACGCCUGCCGCCGCCCGGUUUCAGCCCCAUGACGGCCUUCCUGCACCAGCCACAGUUGCCACGUCCACACAACACGCACCACCAAGGUUUCAAUUCGAACAGCGCCAUUGUCUCAGACUGGACCCAGAUGGACCCGGCGAUCAUGUCCACGUCGGUGAACUUCGGCAACAAGCCGACGGCCGCCACGAACGCGAGCGCCAGUGCGGGCUCCCUGUCCGCGCAGCAGCAGGAGCUGUUCGCGCGGUUCAACCAGCUGUCGGUGCAGCCCAACGGGCUGAAGGUGCCGCUGCAGCAGUGGGGCGUGGCGCCCACCGCGCCGCCCAAGCUGGGCUGGGGCUCGGGCGCCUUCGCCGGCAUCCCCCUGCCCCCCGGCUUCGCGCCGCCCAAGGCCAACGCCCACCCCGCCGAGUGCAUCGACGCCAAGUAGACGUGCAAUCCGACACACCACGCGAUAUUAUAUUUUCUAUUCAGUAACAUUAUUGUUCUUUCCGUUGGUGAUGUGAUCGAUAAAUCUUUGUAUUAAGAAGAGCAUAUUUUAAACGAGAGAAAUAUGAUAACAAAGGAAUUUGUAAAAUAAAUUAACAUAUUUGUUUUAUUUAAAAAAAAUAUUUAGUUUUCUUUUCGUUCGCUUUCGGCUCGCUGUCCCUCUUAUCAUAUUUCUUAAAGGUUCAUCUUUCGUUCUAUUUCCUUCGCUGGGCACGAUAUAUGUACAUUCGUUAUAUAUUAUAUAUUUACUUGAAUCAUAUCCCUGUUCAGAUUAUAUUUUCUAUAUUAAAAUGAAAUGCCGUUAACUCGCUGUUCCAUUUGUACCUUGUUGAGUCAUUAUCCAUGAGAAAGAUCAUUAAACUAAAG